AUGUACUACAAGGAGUAUUACACAUAUGAUGUCAUUUAUCCUGCAUAUUAUUCUGGAUAUGUAUUGUAUGAAGUACCAAAAGAAAAAAAUAUAUGUUGCAGCUUAGCAGAGGUUUUAUGCAGCUGUUUUAUAUUUACAGCUACAGUUACCACAUCCAUUUUUUUAGUCUCUGCUGAUGUGUUGUUAAGAUGUUGUGAUGGUAGAGAUUAUUCAUGA